AUGCAAACUUCUGACGUACAACAACUUCGAGCUUCUCCAAGACUCCAACCCGCCCUCCACCUGUUCACAUGUCAUGUUCAUGGAUGUCUAGUGCCCGCAUCCACAACCCGUUCGCGAUUGUCCUCGUUAAUCCCUUUUUGGCUUCCCUCGUGGCACUGGAACCUGAACCCCUUCACUGGAACCCCUUCGCCGAGGCGGCUCAACCAAAAAGCAACGACGAUGCAGCUUGCCCCUCCAAACUUCAAUGCACAUGAACCACCAUUGACGUUUCAUGGAUGGCAUUCAGUUUUCGACCAAGAACUCGGGCUGGCCGACCCCUCCCCUGCUGACCACGACCAUCAGUCUGCUUUGCACAUGAAGAAGCCGUCACUUAAACCAGUACGGGCUUCUAUCACCACACCAAGGAUCGCCUCCCCUGAACCUCAAAACCUCGUUUCUCCAAACUUCCAGUUCUCCCCCCCUCGACCGGGGUGUCUGCGUGACCCAAACAGGGCAGAGACCGGCACGGCGAAGCAACGACAUUUGUCAAUUUCCAGAACCAACACCUAUCUAGCUGCUGUUGUUAUUGCACUGCCCCCUUCAUCAAGAACAACAGGCCAAGACUUGCCAUUUCACCGCAAUAACAUUCGCGACAUCAGCCAUCAGAUGAUGCCCAAAAAGCCCACAAGAGCUACGCCUAAAGUUUCGUUCCACAUUAGCUGGCCUGGUCGUGAUGAAGGCCGCGGACAGUGUCCGACAAUCCAUCGCCUUCGUGGCCUGCCUCCACUGUCUUGGCCAACACCGAGGGGCAUCGAUGGAUGCCAUCCCGCAGAGAACGAGCAUCCACCUGGAUGGGCUCACAACUCCACCACAGGUCCUUUCUGCUUCUCCAACGUCAGUGCUUUCUUCCCCGAUCUUGGCCGCCAACCCACAGAAUCCCCAGGGGGAAUUACUGGACCUGUGUUUGUCCACUGGUACUUGAACAAUGGGCCAAGAAACCCCCCAGUCGAGCCACUAAAUAAUCAACCCGAGUCAAGUCUGAACGUCCGUCUUAGUCACUGGAUCCUGGCAAACCCAGGUCCUGCCACCGACCUUUCAGAUACCACCCCGGAACUAUUGUCCCAGAGUACAGAUACCCAAAUCGAGCAUAAAUUAUUUGGCGUAAAGGACGCGAAGCCCACGAACGAGUGGUUAUUGCGUACACCAUCAACGAGCAGCAGACCCUUGCAAGAUUCGAAUGUCACGGAGCAACCUGGCGCCUGGGUUGGAAGUCUCGUCUUCUGGGGACCCUAUCUGAACCCACCGGCUUGCCCAGCCUCUGUCGUCAAAAUCUUCUGGCAUGCCACGAGCCCAAGGCGCAGAGCACACGACCUGCUUCAGAUCCAUCCGGCCAUAUGA